AUGAUAGAAAUAGCUGGAGUAAGGUUCAAGAGAACCGGAAAAAUCUAUUACUUCGAUCCCAUUGAUAUAGAUUUAAAAAUUGGAGAUUAUGUAAUUGUUGAAACUGUGAGGGGUUUUGAGUUUGGAGCAGUUGAACUUUUAAAAGAAGUGGAAGAGGAAAGCAUAAAGGGAGAGCUUAAACCUGUGCUUCGUCUUGCAAGUGAUGAAGAUAAGAAUAUCAAUGUGGAAAAUAGAAAUAAGGCCAAGGAAGCAAUAAUAAUCUGCGAUCAAAAGGUGGAAGAACAUGGACUUGACAUGAAGUUAAUAUCCUGUGAGUAUACCUUCGACAGGUCCAAAUUAUUAUUUUACUUCACAGCUGACGGAAGGGUUGACUUUAGGGACCUUGUUAGAGACCUUGCGGCAAUCUUUAAGACGAGAAUAGAACUUAGACAAAUUGGAGUUCGUGAUGAGGCUAAAUUUGUUGGUGGUCUUGGAUGUUGUGGCAGGCCAACUUGCUGUUCAACUUUCUUAAGUGAGUUCUCGCCAGUUUCAAUUAAGAUGGCAAAGGACCAAAAUUUAAGUCUUAACCCAACAAAAAUUUCUGGAAUUUGUGGCAGGCUUAUGUGCUGCCUAAAAUACGAACAAGAUGGCUACGAAUGUAUUAACAAGAGGAUGCCAAGACUUGGGGAAAUUGUCAAGACAGAAAGAGGAAAGGGUACAGUCGUCUCAACUUAUACAAUACAAGAGCUUGUAAAGGUUAUGUUUGAAGUUGAUGAUGAGAAGGAAACUGUCUAUAUGGAACUUUCUGAAGUCAAGAGGACUCGUGAGUUUAACAGGUCCUUUAUAGAUGGAUCAAGAUCAAUUAAUGUUGAAGAGUACGACGAAAGCGAAUUAGUAGAAUUAGAGAGGGAUUAG